UAAUCAAUGUAACCACUAAUAGUAAUCCAAUGUAUUAUCAACAAUACAAUGGGCCAUUGAAUUAUCAGCUUGAUAGCAGUAAUGGCGGAUUAAUACCAUUAGAGCAUAAUGACUAUCCACUGAUAUCAGUUAUAGUAGAGCCAUUAACUGCUUUUGUAACUUCUACCCUUUUUUCCACUGCUAUCACAAAUACAAUAAUAAGCUUUGCCUCAUCAAGCAUUUAUGCAAUCUACUCCACACCUGCUGUAACAAUGGAAUCAACAGAAGUUACUUUUAGUGCAUCAACAAGCUCAAUGAUGAGUACACCAGUUAGUACAUUACAAAGUACAGGGAACAAUACACUAAUAAUAGCAGGAAGUAUUAGUACAGCAGUAUUUAUAUUACUGGUAGUUACUAUACUAGUAAUAUUAAUAGUGAGUGUAUUAGUGUGUAGGAGAAGAUGGAAUAAAACAUCAAAUGGAAAUAAUUCUUUCAGAUCUGUUAAAAGGAAAGCUGAUAAAGAUCAACAAUUAGAUGGACUAAACCAAGAAAAACAGAAUACACUAACAACAUCAACUAAUCCUGCUUAUGGAGUUUCUGGUAAAACAUCUGGUGUAUCUCCUAAUCCUGCUUAUGGUAUUAACACUAGAAGAAUAGAAAGUAUUGAUGAAGAAUCAUUAGUAUAUGAUGAACCAAGAACAAUGAUGUAUAAUAAACAAGAGGUAUAUGUUAAUACACUAUUGUGAUAUUUAAUUAUUGCAUAAGACAAUUAGC